ACACUCCCAAUCUCCCUGCCGCGGCUUGCACUCUCCCCUCUUCUACUCACUCUCUCUCUGAUUCGCUUUCUCCGCGGGUCUGGCCCCACGCCGCUUUCUCUCCUGCCCCUUCGCGUGUGCUGCUGCUGCUGCUGCUGCCUCGCUCACGGCUGCGACUGGCGGCGGUCUGUGCCUUCGGUCGCCUGUCGCCGCUCCUGUCUCACGCCGUACUUGCAGCGGCUCCUUCCCACCUCUCCGUUAAUGCCGGUGGGAUCCGCGUGGAUGCGAGUGGUGUGCGUGUCUCGUCCGACGAUGCUCCGAACACGCUCGUGUCUGCGCGCUGA